ACAGCGUUUCAAUAAGGGUAUAAAAGCUUUGUACUGCUGAUAAAUAUGAAAACUAUGACCGUACUUAGAUUAAGACUCCAAAUUUUAUUACAUAUUUCAACACAUAAAAAUUUUACCUGUCGUUGUGUUGUCCAAUAGGCUACAUUGUAUAGACUUGUUGAGAAACUAAAAGUUAAAAGUCAACUAAGAUUGUUUACCUUCAUCUUGUCACCGGUUAAUUAACAUGGUCAAGAGAAGUUAUUUAGAGACAAUGAAUGUUUAAAGUCUUUCAUGUUCACCUGUAAACAGGUGAUAAUUGUGUGAGAAAGUUACUGGACAAACUGUCUCUUUGUUUAAUUUUAUGGAUAUUUUAACAUUUAAUUGAGAUGUGGCUGAAAUGGAGAUAUAAACUGAUUUAAAGAUGUGAUUUCUUAAGAAUGGGAUCCGAAGUGACUGUCAGAUAUGGGAUGUCGAAUCAUAGUUUUCCGUGGACUAAAUUGGAUAUAAAACCAUCAUCUCGAGGGUCAAGUACAAAUUCUAGUGUUGUUUCUAAGCAGUUUGGUCUUCCAAUUUACUCUCAUCACUAUGGUCUUUCUAAAGCAAUUGUUUGUGUCAGUGCCAAAAUACACAACAGAAGACGGGGUUUUCGCCAAGAUGAUGCUACAUCAGCUUUUGUGAAGUCAUCGGAGACAUCUAAUGCACAAUUCUUGCCAGCAGAAUAUUUACGUACAGUCAAUGAAGCACUAACAAGUUACCAAAGUCCAUCAAGUAGUGGAAGGUCAUCUCCCACGGUAACAGAUCAUGAAACAGAGAGUACAGCAUCCUCAGCACAGAUAGGAUGGACAGGGAACACAACAGAACGUAGCAGCACAGAUUCUACCUAUUCUUGGGAUGAAUUUGAUAAGCAAGCUGCAAAACAGGUGCAAUCAUCCUUUGAGCAAAUAGACUCUGUUCUAUUUGAACAGAACACAGACGGUCCUCAAUAUAUCAAAAAAGAAUGUCAAGAAUGGCAGUUUCAGUUUCCACAUUUAAGAAUUUUGGGUCACCAGUUGAUGAUACCUCAGGAAUUGGGAUAUCAUGUGAUACACACAGAUUCUUCGCGUCCUUCGACAGGCAGCAUGGGUAUAACAGACGUUACAGAUCACGACAUAUCAGGCACUCCAGAUCUUCAGGGAUUAUCAUUAACGGGUAGAUCAAUUGAAGCAAAAAGUGUACCUAUUGAAGCACGCUCAGUGUUAUCAUCAGGGAGAGAGGACAGUUCACUUACAUCAGAAUUUACUCAUCUUGAGGAAGAAAUCAUUGAACAAGAGGGGUAUUAUGAAGAAGUCAUUGCCAUUGACUAUAAAGACAUAUAUGACGAAAGCUCAGAACAGAAGAAACAAUUAACCCCUAGACGGCAUAGAGUAGGGUACCCUCCUAUCACACCUAAUGCCUGUGUGAAGGACAGUGUCCUUAGUUCUGUGUUUGAUUCUGUAUGGCAAGAAAUAAUUGCUUGGACCCGAAAUUUGUCGAAAAAAUACUCAGUUUUAGUUUUAGAAGAAAAUAAACCUCUCACUAUACCUAUGCAGCCCUCGUCUCCUCAAAACAGACAUGAACAUUCCAUGCUUUCUCGGGAACCAUCAUUUAGUCAUGCUAUGUAUAGACAACGUUCGUAUACAGCAGCCGGUGCAUUAAACUUAGAUAAUGUUCUCCUUAUAUCAAGUAAAAAAAUAUCAGUCAGGGAACCAUCAAAUUUACAGGACUAUGCAGAAACCCCUGUACCAAGUACAAACCGUCCUGCAUCUAGCUUUCCAACAAGUGCUACUGUUAGACGUCCACAUAGUAAUACAAAGUUUGUCAGACCCACAGCACAAAAACCUACAAGACUUGCCCCAAUCCAGUCUGAUGCAUCUAAAGCAUACACUGUAAUGGGUGGCACUGAAAAUGAUAAUGCUAUUGGAGGUGAUAUAGGACAAAUUGUUCUUUUGUGCUCGGAGGAGAGAGUGGGACCAAAUGGUGCUUUACAGGUUAUUAAAAUAGCUCAUGCUAGAAAUGGAGCUCUGCCACCAUUAAAUACUGAAGUAGAGCCUAGCAAGGGUCAGAAGAGAGGGAACAGUCGUGCCAGUAGUGCUGUGGUGAAAGACAGUCUGGCCUCACACAGAGAAAGAUUAGGCAUGAUGACUGAUGCUAGACCAAGUACCACACAUGCAAUGAGGUCUGAUACACCUCAAGGAAACUUCAAUUCAAGAAGGGCAUCAACACCAUUUGGACCAGUUUUGAAUGCUAUACCGUCAAGAAGUGCUAUUGGAGGUGGAGGUAUGGUCCUAGUAGGCAGUGGUUUACAGCCAUCUAGUGAACAUCCUUUACCAUCAGAAAUAUUGGAAGAUCAAGAAAGUAUAGAAGAUGUUCCAUAUAAUAAAUGGACACCUUCACCUCCCAGUCAUCACAACCCAUACUACAGAGGAAGGCUGAAGCAUUAUCCAUUAGGUGUACGUCCAUAGCACUUUCUUAUUUAUUCAUUGUGCCAAACAUGAUACUGUUACUGGAAUGUAUAUCUCAGGAGUAUAACGUGUGGAGCAUACACCUCAGGAGUAUAACGUGUGGAGCAUACACCUCAGGAGAACACUGUCAAUGUUGUUUUAUGUUACGUUAUGAGUAUCUCCUCGGAAAUAGUUUUCUGAUUAUAUUCAUUCAAGGAGUUGAAAACUGCAUAUUAGUGUACACUAAUCUCAUCAUAAGAUUCUGGCAUGAAAGAAAAAUACCGGUGGUUGUUACUUUACAGGGCAAAAAUCAUUUUCUCCACAUCCAGUAAACAGAUUGUAUAUUGUUUGUUUGUUUUGCAUUUAGAUUCUGAAAAUCUCAUUUAAAGUGCUACUAGACAAGUGGCAUAUUAAACAAGACACAAGACUUCAGUAACAACAAUUACAUUAGUGCUGAAUCAGAGACCCCUUCAUAAUUCAGUCAUUCGACAGGGGAGAUAAUUCAGUUAGCUGAACAAAGGGAAGUAAUGCAAGAACUAAAGGAAACAAAUUCUUGAGGCAUUAAGUGAUUCCUGAGUGUUUACUGUUAAAUCUGUGCACAAAAAUAAAUGGCAGCAAAUGACAAAACUUACAAAAAAUUGCCAAAUUGACAUUUUACACAGCAAGACUGAAAAAUGACCAAAAUGGCAAAAAGCUGUGAUUUGUCUUUCUGUGAUAAUGUAAAUAUGUAAAUAAAUAUCUAUAGAGGCCAAGGCAGCUUAUUUUCUGCCUGAGUUACCUCACAUAUGAUGUUCUGUGAAUGUUUACACAGAAGGCAUUAUUGAAUUUCUUAAUCAUGUUUCUAUAGACAUGUCUUAAAUAAGGUUACUGCGUUUUUAAUUCCAUAUCCCUCUACAUAUCAUGUUUAAGAUUUACUCAGGAAACAUGGUAUAUGUCUUUAUUCUUAACAAUAAAUCAUUUCAUUUUGGUUAUACACAUGUACUUGUAUUUAUUUAUGAUAUAUUUAUGAAUAUUCAAACAGCUAUAUGGCAAAUAAGUUAUUAUGUUAUGUUAGUUUUUAAUGCUGUUUUAUUUAAUGAUGCAAGUCAAUUAAAAUUAAAUGGCUGUUCACUUGAACAUAAAAUGGCAAAUAUUUUUGGACCUCUGAGGUAAGACUGCAUCUGUGUAUUCAAGAUUUUAGGAUAAAGAAUGCAGAAUUGUUAAAUAUGAUUUUUGAUUCCAUUGCAGUCAAGUUAUGCAAGUCUACACAUCUUCCAAUUCUGUCAUUACACUGACAUGUAAGACACAGACUUUGAUGGUAUGCCAAAAAACAGUGUAUUGGUUUUCAAUUCUCAAUUGAUUCCCAUUAGUAUUUCAUAUGAUCCAAACACACAAUUUUUUCCAGAAAACUGGUCUUAUAUCGUUAGUUUUGGAGUAAGUAAUUGUUAUUUAACACUAUUGCCAGGAAGCAGUUCUGAAGCAUUCUAUCUUCCCUUUCCUCCUUUUGUUACAGUGGUUAACCCUGUGAAAAUCCAUCCUCUUUAUUUAUGGAUGUGAUAUCCACGUCAAAUUUUCAUGUUACACAGGCAAAAUAUUUGAAUGAGGAUGAGACAAAAGUUCCCAUCCAUUAAAAUAUUUUUAUUUUUAUAAAAAAAAAUCCAAAAUAAUGAAAUACUAUUGUAUCAAUUCAAUGUGAUAGUGCUAGCUACAUCUUUUUUUUUUAAGUCAAAUUUCCUAAUUUUAUAGAAAGAUUUUAUGUUAGUAUAUGUUGAAUUAUUUAGAAGGCCUUGCCAUUUUGUAUGUUGUUAUAUAAAACCACUGCCAGUUGUCCUGUAGUUUAUUAUUGUUGAUUGCACUUAACAUGUUGUUGACUAAAAUAGCCAUGUGAUAUUUUGUUUUGAUACCUAAUUUAUGUUUUUUGGUAAUUCUGUUCAAUGUUUCAAUGUAAACAUUUUAUUUUAAAACAUUCCUAUGGGAAUAAUUGCUAAUUUUUAUUGGUAUUAUUACUUAUAGAUUAUUUUUUUAUUAUUGUUCUUUAGAAACAUUUAUCAAUCAUCCCUCCAUACAAGCUAUCACUCCGUCCAUAUUUCAUAAAUAUCAAGUAUUUAAUACAUGUAUUUUACAAUUGAAUUUCCUAGACUGUCCAUACGUUACAAUGAUAUAUAUAUUGUGAUUCUCCUGAAAUUUAAAAAAAUAAAUAAACCAACAAUAUAUAUGAUUUUAAUUUUGUUUUGUUAUGAAUAGUUCUAUUUUAUGAAACUAAGAGACAUGAAGAAAAUAAAAAUUCAAUGGUAAUUUAUAACUGAUGUUUAGUACAAAUCAUUGUACAUGUAUUACAUAAGUGGCAUAACUAAUUUUCAUGGAUUUGUCCAGGUUCAUUAAAAACAUGAAAUUUAGUAUACAGUAAAAAAAUAUAGGACAUUGUCAGUUAUAUAUAUUUGUGCUGGAUGUAACUUAUAACCUACAACCAACAUAUUUUAUACACAUCAUGCAAAUUGAUAUCUACCAAUAAAAAUAUUUAACAAGAAAACAUUUUAUAUUCAUGAGACUUUCAUUUCUUAAAAGCUAGGGACAAAUUCAGUCAUGAACAGUCUACACAUAUUUUGAUUAGUUGCAGGUUUUACAGCAUGUGAAGCAAGCAAUGUUACUAUUAUUGUUAAUAUCAUUAACAUAUAAACCAACAGCUUUUUAUGUAAAAUCUUCACAUCUUUUCAAAAAUAUUCCAAAUUAAUUGGGUUUUUUUCUGGUGUUGGACAUUUGUUUUACAAGCUAUGAUCAUUCAUCUACAGACUUUUCGUAGCCUUUCAGAAAAUAGGACUGUAAACCCAGAAAAAUAUACCGUAUAUUAUUUCAUUUUUGACUUUUUUCCCUGGUAAGAGUUUGUUAUAAAGUACAACAAAAAACACAUUUUGCACAGAUAAUUAAGCUGAGAAAUGAAAUCUUUAUUUAGUUUUAUGAAAAAGAUACAUGACAUGAACAUUUUCUUAUAUACAAGGAAUUAGAUAAGCCUUUAUGUGAAAAUAUAUAAUUUAAAUACAAAAUUUUUGUUUGCUUAUUUCCUUGAAGAUCAAUCAUAGGUUCUUCUUUUUAUUAUAUUUCAUUAAAAAGUGCAUUUAUUUCAAAUAUUUUUGAGGUGACAUUUAGUAAUAUUUAUUGGUCCCAUUUUUCACACACUGUAAACUUAAAAAGAUGAAUUUCAAUUGAAGUUGUUAAAAAAUGUCAAAAAGAUUCUGUUUUAUUCACUUGUAAUCUUUUAAUUAAAGACAUUUUUAAAAAAAAAGUGUUAGUUGAAAUUGGGACAUUAAUGUAACCAAUGUUAUUUUGCUGUGUACAUAUUAUGCUGUAGCUAUGUGCAAUACGUGAUCUGCUACACACGUUUAGCUGUAAAUAAAUGAUAAUACAUAUA